AUCGUCAUUCGUCGCGGCCGCGGUUCGGUUCUCGAAAACUGCGCGAGUAGAUUCUUCCGCGAAUUGAAAGCGACCGCCGACGAUGCGAUUCGCAAUUUAUUCAUAAACCAACGAUCGUCGGCGGUUCAACAGAAUCCCGAAUCGCUCGGGCAACCGGCAUCCGCUCUGGAGAACGAAAACCCGAGAAACAUGCCGGUGCCGACUUGGGAUUGUGCGGAAUUGGGCCUCCUCGAGGAACCGUUAGAGACGACGACCGUCGUCUCCGAGGACAUAUGGAAGAAGUUCGAUCUGGACUUUCCGCAGCCGUUUACAACCGAGCAGUACUACGGGACGACAGAGGGUACGAUGCUGCCCGAGCCCUACGAGAAGACUUCGAUGUCGCGGCUCGAGGCGCGCGAGAUUCGGCACCACGACUGCAUGUGGGCCGGACUUUGCAUCAGCAAGGAGCACAACAGGACCCACCCGGCGAAGAAAGACGUACAGAUGAGCAGCAAGAAGGUUCCGGCGGGCAGAAGUCUCCUGAUAAACCGGAAGCCGCCGGCUUGCACCGCGGUUAAGAACCUCGAGAGCGACGGGGACUCGACAAGGCCCGAAACGCCGCAGAGCUGCGAGUCCGAGAGCGACGAGGAGGACGAGGAGCAGGAGGAGGAGCAGGAACCACCCCAGUUCAGGCACGACUCGAUAAGCAUAAACGAGAAGUUGACGGAGUAUUUGGGCGACGCCGCAGCCGCUCCGGUCAGCGAAGUCACCGGUCAACUCGUCAGGCGGAUCGCGAUACCGGGAAAAAAGUGCGACCUGAGGGUCAGAGAGACUGGUCGAAGGACCGAAGUUCACCAGGAGCCGAAGAAAACAGCCAGCAACACACCGCACGGUGUAGGACACAAUGCCGAGGGCCUCGCUCAUAGAGAGUCUCUCGUUUCCCUCGGAGAUCACUGCUAUUACCUCAGUCAGACUUCCAGCAGUAAAAAGCUCGAACACCUAGGAGUACAGACACCUUCGGAUUCAGAAGAAGAGAUCGACGUAGUGACGUUUGACAAACCGUGCAGGCCUGCCUCGUUGCCAACAAAUCCAAGCGCGGCGGAUAAACAGCACCUCCAAAAAACUGUCACAUCGGCUUUGAAGGAUAAAUCACCACCUCGGCCACGAGGUCGGCCACCUUCCAACCCUCCGCGAAAACGUUCGGCCCAAACGGAGUCAAGACCGGCAAAAAGACCGAGGCACAAAUCGUAUCAAAAGCGGGGAAAGCCCGGAAGUGGCAGCAGCAGCAGCAGCAGCAGCAGCGGAAGUUCGAAAAGCAUGCAGGUCGACAGAUUUGAUAACUGCGACAGAAUCGGGGAUACAAUCGACGGUGCGAAAAACGUUGCCGAAGUUAACGAGCAUCAUCACAUGCGAUUUUCGGAACGAGUCGGUGGAGGAUCAGGAAAAUCGCAGGCCUCGAGCAGCACGGUUUCCCGGAGCAGUUCCGACGACGAACCCGACACGGAGAAGCGAAGCCUUCACAACAACAUGGAGCGCCAGAGGAGAAUAGAACUGAGGAACGCCUUCGAGGAUCUAAGAGUCCUGGUGCCGGAGGUACAGAUGAAGGAGAAGGCGCCGAAGGUUGUGAUCCUUCGCCAGGCCGCGGUGUACUGUAAUAAGCUUACCGAGACGAACCGUACAAAUACGGACGCUGUCUCGGACCUAAAAAGUCGGCAGGAUCUCCUCAGGUCAAAGCUCAGACAGCUGAGGAGAAACUUCGCGGCGUGUCGCUAGGCGGCGGAAAAGGUUUAUUUCGAAUAUUACUUAUCUUAACAAACACACGUACCGCAUAGAGAGAGAGAGAGAGAGAGAGAGAGAGAGAGAGAUGCACGCAUGUGAUUUCGCUUCCUUUCUUUUACGGUAUAUUCAUUUUCAUUGUGAAAAAACCGUGCGAGCACGGAUGGAUGGGAUUGAUGUUGCGAACGUUCGUGGAUUUUUCGAACACUCGUUUCAUUGAUUUAUUUCUACCUUAUAGAAUGCUACGAUGUUUCAACCUCGAGGUUAUAACGCCGCGAAUGUUACUUUUUGUUUUUAUUUGGUAUUUUUACUUUUUCAUUUUUAUUUCGAGACGGAUAAAAAAUACACGGUAAAGGAUAAAAAAAAAAGAAGAAAAAAAAAGCACAGUCUUUCUUACCGAGGAAUUCGAGUUUAUUGCCUAACCCGCGGCGAUGUAGUUUCGGCAGCUGCGGGAAUUGGUAGCGAACACUUCGAGUUUUAAAAAUUUAUACGUGUGUAUAUAUGUAUGUACAUAGUCACGUACGCACGGUAACAGACACAUAAGUAUGUAUAUAGGACAGCGUCAAUCGCGGUGAAAUUUUUAUAUCUUGAUGUUUUUUCUCUUUUCUAAGUUUAUUUUUCCAAGUGACAUGAAAAAAUUAUUACCCCCCCCCCCGGUUAGGAAGUGAGGAAAUAAUUACCCUACGAAUUGUUGAAACUGUACGAUAUAUUUCACACUUCAAAGAGAAGGAAAGAAAAAGUUUUGCUGAAACAAUUUUGUUGAGAAUAUGAAGGAAAAAUUCUCAAAUCGAUGCUUAAUCAAAAUCCUCCGAUUUAUAUUGUUUAUUAAAAAGCGACAUUCAUGGUUCACGAUCAACCAAAAGCAAAACUUGUGACGUAAGAUUGAUGAUACAAACGGUAAAAAUUCAUCUUGAAUCCAAUAUUUAUUCCUUUGCAGCAUUGAAACCCUUGUUGCAGAGAUUUUCAACAGUUUGACUUGAAUUAUUUCGUGAAAGGAAGAAACAAAUAGAAAAUAGAAACAUGGCUAGAAAUUCUCGAAAUUUGAAACGAAACGUUGGAACGAUUUACGAUAUUUUAAUUUAUUUCUUCCAAAGUUUCUACGAAAAACUUGUGAAUUUUCGAAGGGUGAAUAAUCUGUUUUACGACCACCGCUAAAUACAUGUUCAGUACAUAUAUAGCAUUGAAUUAAAUAUAUUAUAGACGUCGCAUACGCGAUUAUUGACAACGUAUAUGUGAAAGGCAAUAUCUUUUUACCUAAAUGUCCUCUCUUAUAAAUAAAUGUAUAAAUAUACUUAUAUAUUGAUAUACGUGUGUUUGCGUGUGUAUAUAUAUAUAUAUAGGCAAACGUACGUUAUAUCAAUAUAUAAAAUAUAAAUAUAUAGACAAACAUGUACGUCUUAUACAAUAGUUAGCGUUAAAUAAUGUAAUUGAUUACGGUCGAUACGGAUAUUAGCUUUUUUACACAGACAAAAAAGGAAUACAAAAAACGCAAAAAAAAAAAAACAAAAAAAAAAAAAAACAAACAAACAAAAAAAUAAAUAAAUAAUAACCGGCAACAUUUAUAUUUUUCUAUAUCUAUCCUACGCGCUCUGAUUAUAUCUAGUACACGCUAUUGUAUACCUUUUAACGAGGAAAUAACGGAGCAUAUUACAGAUAUAUCAUAUAUUUUGGAAUUUUCUAUUUGAAGGAUAUAGUUCUGCCGUAAAUCAUGUACCUAUCGGUUGAUCAUUUUUACCACGCUUAUCAAACUAUACAUAUAAUAUGAUAUGUGCUUCGAUAAAGCGUAAAAGAAAAAGAAAGAGAGAGAGAGAGACAGAGAGAGAGAGAGAGAGAGAGAGAGGGAGCAGCAAUGAAAUGAAUUGAGAUGGAAUGAAACGAAAUGAAAGAAAAAAAAAACAUUCAAUAUUUAUGCAACUGAAUUAUGAUAUACGCUGUGCGCACUUGCUUGCUCGAUUUCCCGUCGGUUUGUCGCCGGCAUGCGCGCUGUGAGUAUGUUAUUAUAAACCCGUCUGUCAUAAUUGUUUCAAAUAACGGAAAACACGAAACUAGCUCCAGGGGCAUGAAAAUCGCCUUUGUUUGUAUACAUUUGUAGUGGAAAAAAGAAAAAACAAAAAAAAAACAAAAAACAAAAAAAAAACAAAAAGGAAAACUCAUAUACCUCUUCGCAGCACGUAUGAAAAACACGUCCGCAAAAACUGUUCAAAGUCUGUUUGAAACUCGCUAUAAAAAAAAAAAAAAAAAAAAAAAACGCACAAAAAAUCUGCAAAUAAAUUAUAGUUGAUUAAUAAAUAAGUUAAUAAAUAAAUGAGUAC